UUCCGCUCGUUCUCAAAAGCCUUUACCAAAGAUUCCAUUCUACAAUGGAUAGGAUUGACAGUCUAAUGAAACAGGAGUUUGUCAGUGUCUGGGUCCAGGAUCCACAGUUCCACAAAGAUGACUUCUGGCACACGCACAUCGACUACGAGAUCUGUUUACAUACCAAUAGCAUGUGUUUUAGGAAGAAGUCGUCCUGUGUGCGUAGGCAGUACAGUGAGUUUGUUUGGCUCCGGCAGCGUCUGCAAGACAAUGCUAUGCUCAUAGAGUUGCCCAAAUUACCUCCCUGGAAUCCGUUCUUCAGUCUGAACAACCCCUAUCAGGUCAACCAGCGGAUGAAGGGCCUACAGGAGUUUCUAGAGACUGUCCUCCAGGACCCCCUGCUGCUGUCUGACAGUAGAGUGCACCUGUUCCUCCAAUCCCAGCUCAGCGUGACCAAGAUGGAGGCGUGUGUCUCGGGCCAGACACGCUACACAGUGGCCCAGGCCAUCCAGAUGUGUAGCGACUGCCACCGCACACGCUUCCCCGUAGAGAAGAGCCGCAAGGAGUACUGCGACUCGAACUGCGAAAGCACCACAUCAUCCGUUCUAGGCCACAGCCUUGACUCGGGGGUCCCCCAGAGCUCCAGCCCCCUACCUUGUGACAGCAGCACUUGUGAAAACUGUGAUGGAAGCCUAACCAUCAGAGACAGAGGAUUCUUCAGCAGAGAAUCCUCUUGUGACCAGGAACACACAGAGCCCUGACGCAUGCACAAAGUGGCUGUUUCACAGACAAAUAUUCAGCCUAGUCCUGCACCAAAAUGAUGCUAAAUGAUUGAAAGUGCUUUUUAGUUCAGGACUAAGUGUAGUCUUUGUCCGGGAAGCCGCCCCAAAGACUCUGUUUGCUGCUGUUCCAGGUGCGCUUCUCAAACCUCUGAAGAUGAGGUGGAGUAGGAAGGCCUUUUUACCUGGUUCUCCGCUGGCAUUCUCUGUGUCCCCUAUCUGUCUUUUAAAAUGUUAUUUAAAAAAAAUGUUAUAAAUUUAAUAUGUUUUCUUAAAGGAUAUAUGUUAUUAUAUUGAUACACCUACUAUUGUGGACUGACUGGUGUUGCUAGUGAACAAGGCACUUGAACAAGUCUCUUCUCCAAAACAUAGCAUUGUCUUAAUGCAGUAUCUCAGUCUUAAACUCUAACUUGUGCCUCACAUGUUAAAAAAAAAAAAAGAAAAAAAAUGAUAUCACUUAACCUGCAAUGAUACUGGGAAAGAUUCUUAAAUUUUGAAUUAUACUUUGUUUAUUUUUUUAUUUGCACUAUUAAACUGUGUUCUAAGGAGUGUGUUGUAU